GCCUUGGCCUUCCCUUCAGCAAAGCCACCUGUUUUACCGACUGUUUCCGGGGGGACCUGGUGCAUUCGCGGGCCGGAGUCCAGACCACACGACCUGUCCAAGCUGCGUACGGAGCCACCCCAGGAUCCCGCCGCAGCCGCGGCAGUGCCAUGUGGGUGGGCCGGCGCGUGGCGGAGCUGCCGACCCCAGCCUUCGUGGUGGACGAGGCGGUGGCGAGGAGGAACGCGGAGCGGAUGCUGCAGCGCUGCGGGGCGCUGGGCUUGCGCCUCCGGCCUCACAUGAAGACCCACAAGACGCUGGAGGGCGGGGAGCUGAUGACGGGCGGCACGCGCCGGGGCAUCGUGGUGUCCACGCUGGCCGAAGCCCGGUUCUUUGCCGCGGGCGGCUUCGACGACAUCCUCUACGCCUACCCGCUGCCCUUCGACAAGCUGGAGGAGUGCGCGGUGCUGGCCCAGCGCCUGGAGGCCUUCCAGGUCCUGGUAGACAGCCGGGACGCCCUGGCACAGCUGAGGCGGAGGCGGCUGGCUCACGGCGUGCGCUGGCUGGUGUGGAUGAAGCUGGACUGCGGGAACGGCCGAGCCGGCCUGCGGCACACGGACCCCAGCGCCCUGGAGCUGGCCCGGGCGAUUGCGCAGGAAGCCCCAGAGGAGGUGGCGCUGGCUGGCAUCUACGCACACUGCGGCAACACCUACGGCUGCAGCGGCAUGCAGGAGAUCCAGGCUGUGGCCCAGGCAACCACCGCCGCCACGCUGGAGUUCAUGGGCACGCUCCAGGAGGCAGGCGUGACGUGCCCCGCGUCCAGCAUCGGGUCCACCCCGUCCUGCAGUCACCCUGUGGCCGACAUGGGCAGGCUCACCGAGGUCCACCCCGGGAACUACAUCUUCUACGACCUGCAGCAGGUGACGAUCGGGUCCUGCCAGCUGGAGGACGUCGCCGUCCGGGUCCUGACCAGGGUGAUCGGCCAUUACCCGCAUCGCAACCAGCUCCUGGUGGACUGCGGCUGGGCCGGGCUGAGCCUGCACGGCCUGGGGCAGCUGCCCACGGGCUACGCGCUCAUCGAGGGCCACCCGGACCUGAAGCUGGUGGGAAUGACCCAGGAGCACGGCCGCGUCGAGCCCGUCGUGGGGGCGCUGGACUUCAGCGAGUUCCCCCUGGGGAGCCUCCUGGCCUUGAUCCCGUACCACGCCUGUGCCACCGCAGCCAUGCACCCUGUCUACUACAUCCAUGCCGAGGGCAAGGUCGUUGCCACGUGGAAGCCCGUCAGGGGCUGGUAAAAGCGCGACAGCUGCAAAAAAAACCCAGCCAGGCCCCCUGCCCUCCAGGAAGCCGCUCCAUCUGCCCCAUCCCUGAGCCACGGCGUGGUUGCCUGCCAGCUCGGGGACCGGCGGGAGGGGAGCUGGCUGGGCCACGUCCCCGUGGACGGAGGGGUGGUCCUCGCCAGAGCUUGCGGGGCCUGUGACCGCUGGGACCAGCUGCUGCACGAGCCUCUUGCCUUGAGACCUUUGCCAGCUCUUCCAACAAAUAACAGGUGCAUCCUGGUGCUCGGGAUAAAUGACACCCCAAACCACCUGGGAGGAGGCCCACCCCCUCCCCAGACACCGGUAGGCAGUUAGAGGGGUCAGAUCCUGCAUUCGGCCUCCUAGGUAGACAUCCACUUGUGUCCCUGUCACACGUGACCGGAGCUCCUCGUGUCGCCAGCGGCUUGGGCUGUGUUUGUGCAGCGCCCAGCGCGAAGCGGGGACCUGCCUGGGGUUGCGGGACACCGAGAGGUAACCCGAGGGUGGAGGAGUCCAGCCAUGGGAGGAUCGAGGAGUUUGCAAAGGGAGGGCAUGGAUGGUGAGGUGCAUCCUCACAUGCAACACAACACACACUUGAGAGAAACCAGAAGUGUCACUAAUACGUGCGGGCCCAGGGCUAUAGUCUGCCAUUUAAAAAUCAAAGUAAAAGAAAAAAACCCACCUUUAUUGUAAUACGUAUUCAUAGCAUCAUAGACCAUGAGGGUGGGAAGGGUCCCCACAUCUAGUCCAGCCCUUGCUCCAAGCAGGACCAGCUCCAACCACAUUAUCCCAGCCAAGGCUUUGUCUACCCGGGUCUUCAACACCUCCAAGGAUGGAGAUCUCACAGGCUCUCUAGGUAACCUGUUCCAGUGCUUUACUAACCUCCUAGCAAGAAAGUUUUUCCUAAUAUCCAACCUGCAACGUGAGCCCAUUGCUCCUUGUCCUGUCCACGCCGUAUCACGGAUUAUGUAUGAAUCCACAACAGACGAGGCAAGAAUAAUCAGAAGUUGCUCCAUUAGUCCCGCAGUCGUUAAAGAUACUUUUUUUUCAGAUUCAUAAAAGCAAACCUAACCUCCUCGAGCAGCCUGGCAGUGCAUCCAGCGCUCUGCUGACCGUUAUUUCCACGCCCGAGCUAAUGUUCCCCCGAGUUAAUGUUUCCACCCCCGUGUGAAUGUUUCUAACUAGUUAAGAACAGCCUGCGGGAGCUGUGAAAUAGGAGCUAUAUCCCCAGGAGCAGCGAACAGGCAGGAGGAUUGCAGAAGGAGGACCAGCUCGGCUAGUGGAACCGUGAAAGACCACGAGAAAGGAGAGAGGGGCAUUAACUCCCGCGGGGUGAAGAGUUUAGCAGGAAUCGGGUAGGUUGCAGUGAGCCGUGAAGUUAAAUGACGGCCUCGCUGCUGCCACUGCCAGGCAGUCAGGUCUAACCGUGGGUGGAGCACGACUCAAAGCGGGGUGGAAAUGCACCGCUGCACCCCCCGGAUCUGACCCCAGCUGGGUGGAUUCCCCCAGCCUCCUGCCUUUGGCAGCUGGGGACCCGAAUGUGCUGGCACCUGCCUCGCAGGACUCCCCUGGCCUGAGAGUCCCUGUCCAGCCUCACCGCCAGCUCUGGGGAUGGGAAUGGCGGCACGGAGAGGAAAGUGAUGUGCCCAAGGUCGACCGGCAGGGCUGUGGCAGAGCUGGGGGCUAGACGCUCUGGAAAACAGGAAGCCCUCCGGAGGGCUGGCCAGCCAAGGGGAGGCCAUGUUCCCCGCUGCUCCAUCACCCAGAACACGCACGUCGCUCCUCUCUUCCGCCGCCCCGCUCUUUCCAGGCCCUGGAAGCAUCAGGUCCCCCCUCCCAUUGCCCCAGAGCCCUCUCCUAAAGUUUUCCACCCCUGCAGGGCUUGGGAAUAAUGCUUGGCCGGGCUGUCCAGGUAACUCCAGCCUCCAGUCCGGCGGGCAGGGCGGGCGUGGGGAAGGUGUGGGGGGAGAAUCAAAAGCUCUCGGGGCUUGAAAGGGAGCCGGACCAGGCCAUAAAAUCCUAUUGCCCUCGGCUGGGGGCGGGGAUUGCAGUUGGCCGGUCUCUGAUCUUCCUGUCAAUAGCCCCUUUGAAGUCCCUCUGCUCCCACCAUUGUGUUCCCAACCAUUUGUCAGCUCCCUCCCUGCCCUGAGCAGGCCCUGGUGCCCGGGGCCAGUCUGAGCAAGGGGCUGGGCUCAUCGGGGAACCGGGAGAGGACCAGGAGCCACGGGCGAAGGAGCAGGGGAGCCGGGCAGGCCUCGCUGAACUGUCUGGGGGUCUCUAGCUGCGGGGCUGAGGGGCCAGGCUGGAUGGCAGGCACCGGGCUGCUCUGGGUCAGACCCGCUCGCCCGGGAGCAAAGCGCUCCCAGGCUCGGAGGAGCGUGUCGGAGGGGUCAGGAGAGGGAGCGCAGGACAAGCUGGUCUCCCCGGGCUCGUCUCCCAGCCUUGACCCGCCCAAGCGCACACGCUCUCCAGGCCCGCAGGGGUGUCCCAUCCUGCCUCCGACACCGGUCCCCGCUCCGGGGCCUUUGCCACAUCCAUUAACCUCGCUGCCGCAGUUUCCCCAGCAGAAAGUAACAAUCCUGCCCUCUUAGGCAUCUCACGAGUGUAAUCCCUGUGUGCAAAACAUCAAGUCACAGCCAACAAUGGAGGAACAGCGUGUCCUGUGUCCGGGCCAGGGCCUGGACUAUGAGACCCUUGGGGUCCUUUCCAGCCCCACUCAGAGCCGGACAAGCUGGGAAGCUCCCAGAUGCCUGCGGACACAAAGGAUCCUCUUGUCAUCCUCCUGCCCAGCUCUCCUCCAGGCUGGGGCAGGGACAGGAUCCGACUGAGGCUGGAUCUCGGCGCGCAGCGAGGGAAGGGGUCGGGGUGGAGGAGCCUGUGGCUGGGAGAAGAGGGCAGCGAGGAUGCCACUGCCGUG